AUGGAGGUUGAAGACUCUGUUUUUAAGUCCUUUGGAAGCCAUACAAAAAGAGCAGUUCUGUGUGCUCCACGUUCCCACAGUAAGAGAGAACUUCAGCUAUACCAGCGCAUCCUGGCACAGCAUGGAUAUGCAGUUAUAGUUCAUGAAAACAGCGGACUCAAUGUAAGCCUCGGACAUAAGCAUCACCAUUUAGGUGAAUUAAGACCUUGGGAUCUUCUGAUUUGCUUGUCUUCUAGUAAAGCCAAUGAUACAAACUGCUUUCAGAUGGAUGACUUGCAUCAAUUAGAGCUAUUCCAGAAGGUAAAUACAAUCCCAGAAAUUCAACAUUUGCUUUGCAGAAAAGAAGGAUUAUGCCAGAUAAUUAGAAAAUUUCCAGAACUGCAUGUUCCAGUAGCUUUCCUGGAAUGCCCAAAUCAUCAUGCAUUUUCACAAUCUAACCAAGCAAGUGACAUUUCUCAGCUUGGGAGAAGGGAAGAAGGGACAAAUUUUGCCCAUCUGUGGCGCUGGUGGAACCAAACCAAUAAUGCACAGCCGCAUCAGAUACCAGCUCAACUUGACCACAAGAAUGACUUUAAAGCUCAAGACCUUUCUGUCAUCAUCAAAGCAUACGUGCUAGUGACAUCCUUAACACCAUUACGGGCAUUUAUUCAUUCAAAUGCUACUGUCUGGCAUUCCUCCAAAAGGAAAUACUUUUUUGUCAAGCUGCAAACAUUUUUUGAGAUGUUCUUUAGAUCCAGUUCUCCUCAGCAGGCCUUUGAUAAUAUGAAAGAAACUAUAAGCAAACUCUUACUGAUAGCUGAAUUACUGAGUGAAUCAUCCAUCUCAGGACCAAAGACCUCCAGUCAAUGCAGUCUCUGUUUUCAGAUGUUAACCUUUGACAUUGGGUUCAGUACUUCCAUAUAUCCCGUAGUUCUCAAGGUGCAUGAACACUUUGACUUGCAAGUUGGUGAUGACUUGAAUUCCCAGGACCAAAUUGUAAAACAAUUUCUCCUUGAAGAUGCUUUCAAAUUUCUUUUACCCAAUAAAUCUUCAACUUCCAAUUUCUUUGAAGUGUUAGAAAGCAUGCACAAACUAAGUGUGAAUAAGGAUGGAAACUUCCAGAAGGAACAUAAGCAAUGCCUGUCUUUGGCAGAAAUCAAUUCAAUCGUUGAUUUUGUAAAAGAGUUGAAGAAUCUGGGCCAUUUUGAGCUGCUUUUCCCAUCUUCUGUGCCUAAGAUUCAAAAUUUGCUGCAUGACCUUUACCACAUGGUGGACCCAAUGAGAAGACUUGGUUCAGUCCUGACAGCACAUUGGCUUCUUUCCAGUUUACUUGAACAGUUCCAGUUCAGGAAUAAAGAGGCACACACAAAUUUGGUUGGAUGGAGAAGCAAGAAGAGUUCCAGAAACUCAUCCAGAAUGAUUAUGAAAUGGUCUAAGCUUAGGAAUUCUUCCCUGGAAAAUGAGAGCAUUAAACAGAGAGCUCUUUUCAACCAAACAAGGGGUAGUAAAGUGUUGCACUUUUUCAGUGAGACUAAAGAAAGACGCUGCAGUCAUGAUAAAGAUACACUGUCUCAUAUCAGGCAGAUCUUCACCAGUCCACUUGUGGACCUGAAUCCUAAAUUUAACCCAAGGAUCAGAGAAUACUACUUUGAAGUCCCAUUUGACAUGGUGACAGUGAAGAUUGGAGCAGAACCUUCUAACUGUCAGUGCCAAGUGCACCUCGAUGAGAAGAAAGGACCAAGUGUUGCUAAUUACCCUCUUGGCUUGGGAAUUAACAAAAUCAGUAUUCUAGUAACAGAUGAAUCUCAACCCAACCCUGAGAUUGUGAGCAGCUAUAUAAUCACUGUUUAUCGAGAAGACCGCCCAAGUCUGCCUUUGUUUGAUGACUAUAUGGUGUGUGGUUUUGUGCAGGACUGUGGUUCUCUAAUUCAGCCAAAGGAGCCCUGUGGAUUGAAGCCUCUGUCUCCUGAGUACUUUUCAGCAAUUUCACAGACACAACUUAAGACUUGUGAAACUGGGGACCCAAAAGGGCAGUGGAUCGUCCCUUGCCUCAGCUGUUCUGACAACAGAACCUGUGACUGGCGAGCAAUAACGUGGCAGCCACAAAACUGUCAUCAUGCUGUCCUGACUAAACCUGAGCUCCAGCAAUGUGUUGAAGGCAGAAAGAUCCUUUUCAUUGGUGAUUCAACUAAUAGAGGAAUUAUGUAUUAUCUGAUAGAAAGAGUGAAUGAGACACUUCAGGAAUGGCAAAAGAUGCAUGAUGUUAAAAUUUAUCAUAAUAUAAAUGAAGGGAAAACAUUUAUUAGCUACUCCUACUAUCCCCAGUUUUGGCUCAGUGUGAAACAGAGACCAACGUUUGAAAAAGCACUUGAACAACUGCUCCAAAGAUCACAUCCCCUUGAGAACACAGACCAGACUGUGUUAGUCGUAGGUGGUGUUCAGUGGCUUAAUUCCAAUCAUCUGCAAAUUAUCCAAAAGGUGUUGAAGAGGGAAAAUCUAUCAAAUAUCCUGGUAGUUAUCAAAUCUGUAGGAAUGGGCUUUCAUCUACCAGUGGAUGGAAUACAUUCAUUAUCACAGACUGAAGUACAAAAUUUAUGGAAUGAAAAUAUGGUUAUACUGGACACUGCAAAAAGAUAUGGCUAUGAAGUGGUUGACACUUUCAUCCUUACAAUGGGACGAUAUAAAGAAUUUCUGCAAGGAAAGUGUGGAUGUCAUUUCCAUGAGGUGGUAAAAUCUAAAACUUCUAAAGAAAGUCCUCGUGUAACAAUGAAAUUGUCAAUGCACUAUGCCCUAGGGCAAUAUUUCAACAGUCAAAGCAAGCUGUCACAACUGCAAGACUAUGCAAUGAAUUCUCAGUCACCGUAUCAUGUCAGAGGUCCAAUAAAUCAAGUUUAUUCUGAAAUCCUUUUCAGCAGGAUAUGUGCACAUAAAAGGAAGGCUAUGGGAACAUAGCACCUUUCAGAAGGUUUAGGGCUUGGUAAUUCGCACUUCUCCAAGUGACAGUCCAAGGACCAUGCUGAAUUUAUUACAUGCUUCUUAGAUUGACUGCAUACGUACCAGCAGAACUGGAGACAUUUGGCACUUGUCCUAAAUGUUAUGCAAUCAAGAUGUGCGUCUGUAGACUUGUGGUUUUCAAAUGGAAGAUGGACAGAUGUAAAGAGUGAGGGAAGUCACUUGAAGUAUUAUCCAAUACUAGAACAGCUGUACACCAAGCAAUUGUGGAUUAUGCUGGUGACAAGAGACAAAUACUUGAAGUAUUUGAAAAGGACUGCCUGAACUCUUUGUCUUACCUGUCUAUAUAUGUAUUACAUUAUACUGUAUAUAGCAAUGGGUUACAUUCCAUUUUAAAUAGUUUUUAUUGCAUACUGAAGAGCUUACUUCAUCAGCAAUAUAAUAAUAUUUCUGUUUCUAUUUCAGUAUUUAUAUUGUGUGUUUUUAAGACACAUUACUAUUUUAUGUACAGUACCAGCUUUUGAACUGUAGUUUUUACAGCUAAUUCACAUAUUUUUUCCAUGUUUUCUCUUGAAAGGAAAAGAAAAAAUAAACAUUUCAAAACUAAUACAGAUAUUAGGUUAUCUUGAAACAAGAUGGAAUAUACUAUCCCAGUGGAACAUGGAUAGAUGGUGAAUAUCUUAACAUAGCCUAGUUUGUGGUCCCAGGUCAGGAAGGUUGCUUAAGCAUGUGUUUGUGUGCUUUCCUGAAUCUGAACUUUAAGUCAGGAAGGUUUUUUCCCUUUUCGUAAAUCCCACUUGCUGUGAAUUUAUGUGAAAUGCUUGCUAUCUGAGGGUCUGGUAUUACAGUGCUUAUUCAGGAAAAACACCCACUCCAGGCAUACAAGGACUGCAAGACCAGGCUUUAAAAUGACUAUAAAUAUGUGACUUUAAACAAAUACUUAAAAAAAGAAAGAGAGAAAAGGAAACCACAAAACUAGUUCCUGAUGUGUUUUGAUACAACCAUGUAUGAUUUAAUAGGACAUGAUGUGGUUUCAUGUGGAGAAAAAGUGCCAGGAAAUGUAGGGAAACUUUUUAAAAAUUAGAUUCCACUUUCAGGGAGUCAGCAUUCAGGGCUGCUUCCUCACACAGUGUUGUUGUGGAAGGGAACCAAGGGGCAGGAGACAUUAAAAUGGGGACACAUUGAGUCAGAAGGGAGCUCAGUGGUAUGCUCCUCUCUACCCAACUUAACAAAUGUUUGUAGUCCUCCUGGCCCCCCAUAGUACAUAGGGAAAACAUCUCCUUGGAGGAACAGGAGGGGCCAGUGGAUUAGGAUUGCUCAUGGAUCCUUGAAUUCCAUCCAGUUGGCAGCCUAUAUCCCCAACUGAGAUGUGAAUAGUCCUCUCACCAGAAGGUAGUGUUUUACAUUGUCUGUAUCUCUGAAUUUCCUUUUAAGGUUUUUUCCCGCCAAGGUCCUUUAUAUUAAAGGGGGAAAUUAUAGGCCGGUUUCUGUCUCUAGUAGAUUUCUCAGUAAAUUGGCAGAAGUGAUUAUACUGUAAUCCAAAAACAAUAUACUGAAAAUAUCAGUAUUUGGUUAUCUACUAAAUUAAUCCUGACAGAUCCUGUUGUAUAUAGAGACCAUACAUGUGGAUCUUACAGUGUCCAUGAUAGGUCUGUAUUGAAACACAGCCUUAAAAUUAAUAAAUUCAUGAAACUGAUCCCGCUCCAUGGGCAUCAGUUGAAGUUUUGCCAGAGACUUUAAUAAAAGCAGGUUCAGGUCAAAUGUCUUCUGUAGUAAGAUGACUGUAUAUGGGGUGUAUCAUAAUUUCUGCUUCACAUGUCCAGGAUCUUCAGCAUGUAUCAUUUAAGUCCAUAUGCUGUUUUUGUUGUUUUUGCUGUAUACAGUUAAGUUGUAAAUUGGAUUUGGGUGCAUGUGUGUUUGUUGUUUUUUUAAAAUCAAAGACUAAAAAGUUAAAGCAUAUGCUAAAAAGUGAUGAAAAACCAUGUGGCUAAUUAAAGUUUUGCUGUAGCUGAUGCUGGCAAAUGUGCAAUUCAUCACUCCAGUUUCACCACUAGAUUAUUUUUAUGUAUCAUAGACCCAAAUGUCUUAAUAUUUUUUACAUGUAGCAAUUUGAAAAUGUGCUUUAAAUACACACACACACACACACAGAGUAUGACAUUGUUGGUACAAUUUGCACGUUGAUCUUUGUUUAAAAAGUUACUUCAGAUCAAGUAUUUUCAUUAGCAACAUAUGAUCUGUAUCUAAGUUAUACAAAGACAAUGCACAAUAAAAUACUAGGUAUGGAGUUAAGUCUUUCCUUGUUUAACUUAAAAAAUGUAUCUAGCACAGAGUGGCACAUGAAAAAAAAGAGCUAGUGAUGAAUCAUACAGAAGCACUGCCAUUUAUUUACCUUAAACAUUUGCAUAUUGAAGUAAUAAAAUACAAUUGUAUGCUGCAGUGCCA